CACUAACUAAUAUAUCGCUUGAACAGCUAGCGACUUUUAAUUUCAAACAAUAACAUGCUGAGGUCUUAAUUUUUAUAUAAUUCAUCUUAAUUAUGACGCUGACAAAGGUCUACGAUGCGGCCACUGUGUUUAAGCACUUAAAUGGCAUUAUCAACGUUUACAAGCCUGCUGGCAUGAAAGUUAAACAUGUGCGCAAUGCCAUAUUAAGCAACAUAUGCAAAGGACUGAAUGAACUGAAACAACGAGAGCCACGUAAACUGCCAAAUGACAUGCGGCUGCUGGGCUCCGGCGCUGCCACAGACACAGUACUGCAUAAAAUAGCCGCCAACUCUGAUCUUUCGGAUCACAUAUUGGCCAGUGGACCUCGUUACCUGCCAGGUGAUAUUCGUUGCGCACCUGUCGGCACAUUAGGUGACCACACAAGCGGCGUAUUGUUGUUUGGUCUAAACAAGGGACUGCAGCAGUCGAGCCUCAUCCAGCGGAAUCGUCCAGUGCGGAUUUACCAUGUGACUGCUCGAAUGGGCACAGCCACAGAGAAUCAUCUGCCCGACUCACGAGUGACUGUGCGCGCUAAUCAUCGACACCUAACACCGGAACGCAUUAGCGGAUUAGCAUCCUCCAUGCAGGCUUCACAUCAGCGGAAAAUGUACGAGUUGUGCGGCGUCGACUUACAGACGCAGGCGGCCUACGAGUUGGCCUGCAAGGGACUACUGCGACCCGCCGACAAUAGUCAGCCCGUUAUCUAUGGCAUUAAACUCAUACACUUUAACAGACCUCACUUUACGCUCGAGCUGCACACAAUCAACGAGAAUGAACAGUAUAUGGCAGCCCUGAUCCACGACAUGGCUAUAGAAUUACGUACAGUGGCUCACUGUUCACAGCUGCGUUGCAUACGCCACGCCCACUUUGAUGUGACCGAAAGCCUGCUGCGACACGGCUGGCAUCUACCGGGCAUCAUGAAGAACCUGCGACUGCAGCAAAAUGUGCUCAAAGCACAUCCACAGCUAUUGGACCAGCAACGCGUGGAUCUACAUGCUGCUCAGUAGUAAAUUAAAUAGCUUUUUAUAAACAUAAGUAAUGGAAAUGUAAAUAUAAG